UCCGGUAUAUUGGUAUUCUAUAAUUUACAUGUUUUUAGUGCUCGAACCUUUGUGCUAUAUAGGUUAUUUCUCACAAAUUACUCAUUUUAAAAAUAAUAUCUGUCUAUAGUUGUUACAUUUUUUACUAACUGAAUGACCGAAUUCUUAAUUAUUGCAUUUCUUAAAAAAUGACGCAUAUUUCGAAGGAUAAGAGGGCAUAUGCAAAGUUCACGGGUGUCAAUAAACACGACGAAUUUCUUAAUCGAAUAUCUAAAACCUUGUAUUACACAAAAUUGCCAGUAACGGAUUGUUUGAGUUUACCUGUAACAGAGCUGGCUGCUGAAAUUUUUACAGAAGUAAAAAAUGGACAAACUUUGGAACGAUUGGACGUCGAGGAAGCAAGUCGCAUUUCAAGAAAUGCAUGUGUAUCACCGUGUUCGCUUGUUUUAGCUUUAUUGUACCUCGAGCGAUUGAAAGAUUGUAAUCCAGAAUAUCUUCAAAGAGUUGCUCCUUCUGAACUAUUCUUGGUUUCAUUGAUGAUUGCCAGCAAGUUUUUACACGAUGAUGGAGAGGAAGAUGAAGUUUUUAAUACAGAAUGGGCUAAGUGCGGUAACUUAAGUAUUGCAAAGAUGAAUCGAUUGGAAAAAGACUUUUUAAAAGCCAUAAAUUGGUCUGUCUACGUACAUAACAAAGACUUUUGGGAUAGGCUACAUAGGUUAGAAAAACACAUUGCAUAUAAAGAGGCUUGUAAAAGAGGUUGGUUUUCUUAUACGGAACUCAAUACUUUAUUCAAUUCGACUCAGUUAGCAGAAUUAGUGUAUACAGCCAUAAGUAUUUCGUCGGUGUGUUUUGCAACCUACGCAGCCGGAUUAAUUACCUUACUUGGGUCGGCGAUAGUUGCAUCGAACUUACCUGGGACUUUAAUAAGUUCAAAACAAUACGCUCAACCUACCAGUGCAUUAAAUCUGCAACUUACAUCGUCGACGCAUCGAAUUUCGCAAAUUGAACUUCAAGAACAAAUUGAGAAUAUUUUAUUAAAUUCAGUUUCUAAACCGUCUGAAAUUUGUAAUAAUUCUUCUGUAGAAAAAGACAUUACUAUCAGAGUUAAUUGGAAAUGGAUAAUUGAUUCGGUUAUAUUUUGGCUUCCAAAUUGUUCACAUUUGAAAUCGGCAUGCUUGAAUAAUUGGAAAAAUAAAUAUAAUGAAAACAAUUUAUACGUGACUAAAUUAGACUUUUUGACAGAAUCGGAGACAUUUUCACGAUAUUCCAACGAUGAAGUUGAAAAUAUUAUAACAAAACAAGAUAUAGAUUUAAGUUUGAAAAUGGCGGCAGAUGAUUGGAAGUAUUAUAUCGCAUAUUUUUCUAAAAUAUCUCUCAGUCAUGGACAGUAAGCACAGUUUAUUAUGUGUAUUAAUUUCAAUCUGACUAUGUAUUGAAAAAAUCGUAAUUCGUGAAUUUUUAUA